AGUACGCCAUUUGCUUGUGUUAAAGGAAUGCUGUUCCGUGCGUUGUAUCUUUGCACAUUUUAUUCGGAUACUGUAGAUGUUUCGAAUAGCUUAUGAUGAUGACGUUAACAGUAUUAAGUACAACUUUGAAUGUAAUGACCAUACAGUUUUCCUUGAAUAAUCUCGAUAUGAUUUUAAUAUAAUUAAUAACAUUAAUAUAAUGUAUGACAUUGGUAUCUAUAAUUCUUUUAUCGGUGGUAAUGUUGGUAUUAGCUGUGGUGACCACUUUGUUGUAAAUAUGGAGGUUAGUAGGUUUGAUAAUGUUGCUUAUUCCCAUUAUGUAAUACUUUUCAAACUUUGUUGUGAUUAUUUGUGAAAACGUGUGGACGUUUACUUAAUUAUAAGUCAUCUCUUUGUAACCGGUAGUUCUUAUCUUAACCGUUAUGCAAAAAUACGAGCGAGAAUGCCAAAUCUUGGACGACCCACGAUUUCGAAUUUCUAUGGCCCAACAAAUGGCAGCAGCGUGUUCUGGGGCUCUAAUAACCUCAUUUUUGAUGACGCCGUUUGAUGUGGUAAAAAUUCGCCUUCAGACUCAACAAAAGAAACUUCUUUCUAACAAAUGUUUCUUGUACUGCAAUGGACUCAUGGACCAUCUGUGUCCAUGUAUUAAUCCGAAUGGGCCAGGCCAGCCUUCUUCUCAGACAUCACAGUUGUGGUAUCACCGCAGAAGUCACUUCACUGGCACCAUUGAUGCAUUUGUAAAGAUAGCUCGUAAUGAGGGAUCUCUGUCCCUAUGGAGUGGUCUGAGCCCUACACUUGUGUUAGCUGUUCCUGCCACAGUUGUGUACUUUGUAACAUAUGAAAAUCUUCGUCUCCUCAUCAAGGACAGACAUAAUGGAAUACAACCACACUGGGGUCCCCUUGUAGCUGGAGCAACAGCGAGAGUUUGGUCUGUAACGUUGGUUAGCCCCCUUGAGCUGAUACGUACAAAAAUGCAGUCCAAAAAAGUUAGCUACCAAGAGAUGUGUCAGGCAUUGAAGACGAUGCUUCACUACCAUGGCGUACGCGGCCUGUUUAAGGGUCUGAGUUCCACGCUACUCCGAGAUGUGCCGUUCUCAGGUAUUUAUUGGCUCCAUUAUGAGAAGAUAAAGAGCAUUUUGUCACCAGGUGUGCCUUCAUUUGGUGUCAGCUUUUUUUCUGGAGCAGUUGCAGGCUCAAUUGCUGCAGUCGCAACCACCCCUUUUGAUGUUGUGAAAACUCACCAACAGAUAGAACUAGGCGAGAAGGAAAUAUAUUCAGGCAAGAGGGGCAGGAUAACACUGAACUCAAUAUUUGGCACUGGACCAACUUUUACAGAACCCCCUGGGCGAAGCAGCUCCAUGCUUAAGACAUUGCAGAAUAUCUACAGUCGCAAUGGAAUCAGCGGGUUGUUCACUGGCCUUGCACCACGGCUUGUCAAGGUCGCACCAGCCUGUGCCAUCAUGAUCUCUACCUUUGAGUAUGGCAAAUUCUUUUUUCACAGGUACAACCACAACCACUAUAAGUCCGUCUCUUCACUGUAGGAAGUAGAUUGAAAUACAACAGUGCAAAAGACUUUUGAUGACCACACUCAUGAACAAUAUAUUUGCUAUUACCAUGUUUAGUUUUAAACAGUGUUUUGGUGUAGAAGUUUAAAAAUAUAUUUGUUUAUUUUAUGUUAAAAAGAAUUCCGAUAAAAAUAUACCAACACAGGAGUGAAUGCUGGGAUCAUCUUAAAUACGAUUACUUUUGACUGGUGAUUUUCAACAAGUGAUGAAUAAUGAAAAGCUUACUGAGGAGUCAUUUUGAAAGUAUGAAUAAAUGUUGACAUUGUGAGAAGAAAGCAAAUUCACAGUUGCAAAUGGAGUUUUAUUACAAAAUAUUCCUGAAAGUAUAAUUUAAUGAAUGCAAAUGAAAAGUAGUAUAAUGCUUGUCAAACAUGGUAUCAGAUUGCUCUUUCACCUUGGGGGAAGAGGUGUGUUUAUUGAUGUUAUGGUCAUGAUGCAGGUGGAUAACACAUGUAAUUUUGGAUCAAGAUUUAAACAUAAUCACAGAUUGCCCCUCGACAAUCGAAUUGUUAAGUGAUUUGUAGAUUGAGCAAAGUAAUCCUAGGUCUUUGGCUUUAAGUUCACAACCAAAUUGUGUAAUCAGAUUUUUGUACUUGUUUAUUCAAAGGACCUGAUUUCUGAAAAUAUACGUUUUCAACCUGGAACCAGCAAAAUAUGCUUACAGAUAUAAGACUGUGUAUAUUUUGCCUAUAGUGAACUUAUGUUUGAGUGUAUGUAGGAUGUGAGAGCGUGGAUUGGAUUCAUUUGCCUCGUGAUAGGGUCUGUGGAUUUUUGUGAGCAUGGUAAUGAACCUCUGGGUCCCAUAAAAGACAUGUAAUUUCUUAACUAGAACUGCUUACUGCAGUUACACUUGUCACAUAUCAAAACUUGUAAUCUUUACAUCAUCCAUAUUGGCUACCCAUCCUCUUUGUGUCCACUGGUCCUGAUAUGAAUUGCAUUCGAACCUUGUUGAUAAACAUCUUGGAAAGGGACCAUAACUGUUCUUAUGAAGCUAGGGUGUGAGUAUGUAAACUGAAAGGAACCAUUUCAGGAAAUAAUCCUUUAGAGGGCUUUUGUGAACAAGGUUAUGAACAGUGAUUUCUUUGACCAGUUGAAUGUCUGUUGGGGCCUGCUCCCAGAAGACCCUCUGAUCUGAUGCUGGUUAAUUUAAUUUGUUUUGGUAGACAAUUUGACUGCCUCUUUCUCCUGAUUUGUUUAUAUUUAACUAGUUUUGUGUAAUGAUGAUCAGGAAUAUGUGUUCUUCUAGUGGUCUUGCAAUGUGUUAUGGUGAUAUUGGCUUAUUUAAAGUACAAAGUGUGAUUUUAAUAUAUAUUUGAUGUGCACUGUACCACAGCAUUCCCCUCUGCUUUCUGUAAUGUGUGAGCACAGCCAUGUGAACCUCAGCAACCCUCCAUCUUGAUCCUCUCCAAUUCUCCACCAUUGGACAAGACUGAGCUACAAUUGAAAAAUGUUAAGUAUAUAUGAGGUAAGGAGUAGAAUAUAAUUUCAUUGGUUGGGAUGUAUGAUGUGCAGAAUUUUGUGGAUUUAUAUUUGUACUUUUCUUAUACUCUACUAUUUCCUGUGGUUGUGAUGCAAAGUUUUGUUGUAUUUUCUAUGUUAGAAAUUGUAUGGAUGGGCAUUUGUUAUUGAUAUUACAUGUAUUUAGGCUUU